AUGAAUAAACCUUUAAAAAAAAGAAGAUAGUCUACUAUUUAUAGAUAAUCAAUGGCUUUAUAAGAAUUUUCACAAAAAUUACUAGAGAAAAAUGAUUUAUUGGCAUCUGAAAUUUAGAAAAUAGUAAGGAAAUUAUCAGUAAAACAAAGAAUGAAAAAAGCAAUUAGACAUAUUUAUGAUGCAUAUUAUUUAAGAACUAUUCGAAAUGAUAUAGAUUUAACUAACAAAAAAUACUUAAAAUUCUUUUGGUAUUUAGAGAACAAUCAAUUUUGGAUUGCUUUUCUUUUUUUGUUAUCAAUUAUCUAUUAAAUAAUAACAUUCUUUGAAUUACCUUUUUCAGAUGCAGAGAUUGAGGAUGAUCAUAAUUUAUUGAUAUUAGAAGGCAUAAUUUUAACAUUUUUAGGGAUAGACUCAAUAAUUACAAUAAUAUUAAUGGUGACAAAAAAGGAAAAUAGAUUUGCAUUUAAUCCUAAAAGGUAAUUUAAGUUGAUUGUCUACUAUGUAUGUUUAAUUGAUUUUAUAAUAUAUAAUAAGGAUCCUAAUACAAUGAGAUUUAGUAGAAUAUUUAGAACAUUAAUAAUGCCAAUGUAUUCAAAGGAUUUAAGAAGAAAUUUAAAAGGAAUAAUGAAGGCUAGUCGAGAUUUAUUUCUAUUAAUUUUGCUAUAUUUAAUCAUAAUAUCAAUAUUUUCAUUUGUAGGUAUAAAUUUGAUUGGUCGUUUGGAAAAUGUAGAUUUAAGAACUUAAGAUUAUGGAGACUUUUUUAAAUUUUUCUCUAUGUUAUUUAUGGUGGCUACUUUAGAUUUUUAUCCUGAUAUAUUAAUACCACCAAUGUUACAAGGCACUUAUUAUAGUUUAUUCUUUAUAAUUUAUUUGUUACUAUUUAUUUUUUUAUUUGCUCCUAUUCCACUUGCAGUUGUAUAUGAAGGAUUUAGAAGACAUCGAAUGGAAAUAGCAAUUAAUGAUAUUAUAAAAUAGAAAUCAGCUAUGAUGGCUAGUUUUAUAUCUUUAGAUUUAACAGAUCAAGGAUAUUUAACACAUGCAUAAUUCUAAGAAUUUGUUGAAUAGUUUUAUGAGAAUAGCAUAAGUAAAGAAGAUAUGACAACAUUAUUUUCAUUAAUUGAUUAAGAUUUUAAGUAAAAAUUCAAUAAUAAUUAGUGAUAAGGUUCAAUUUGAUGAAUUCUACAAAUUUCUUCAUUUAAUUUAAGAUGGUUCUAUUUUUAAAUUACCAGAAAGGAAACCAUUAGAAUGUUGGGAAUCUUUUAGAUUAUAUCUUAAUUCAAGAGGAUUAUUGAAAUUUGUAGAAGGAAAUGUACUAAAAAAUUAAUAUAUUUUAGGUAUUUAGUAUAGGUAUGUUAAUUAUAACAAUAUCAAAUUGUGUUCUUAUUGUAACAGCAUUUUUUAUAGAUGAUAUGACAAUAUUGGAUAUAUUUACAUUACUUGAUACAGUUUACUUGAUUUUUUAUGGUGUUGAAUGUAUAGUCAAAAUUAUUGCAUUGGGUAUAAAACCAUAUUUUUAAGAAGGAUGGUAAUUUAAUAUAAUUAAUAUAGGAAUAUAUUUGAUAUAUCUUUAGUGAUUUUAUAGAUUAUUUUUGAUUACAUUCUAUUCAAUAUUGUAUCUGGAAAUAUAGUACAAUCAAUUAAAGCAAAUAGAUUAUUAAGAUUAGCAAAAAUAUAAAAAGUUUUUAGAUUAUUUAGAGCAUUUAGAUCAAUAAAAAUAAUAAAUUUUAUGUUAUCUGGAUUAGAAUUUUUGGAUAUUGUUAGACAUCUACUUUAUAAGAUUAUUAUAUGUGUUCCAUUGAUAAUUAGAUUAAUGUUACCUGUUUAAAUGAUAUUCUUCAUAUAUUCUUGUGUUGGAAUGUAUUUAUUUGGUAAGAUCUAAAGAAAUCCAGAGAAUCCUUAUGCUAAUUCUUAAUGUGAUUCUAAUUUAUUUGAAUAUUAAUGGGGAAAUUGUAAAUAUGCAGACUUUACAUCAUUUUCUGGAUCAUAUUUAAUGAUGUUAUAGAUGUUUAUUGCAGCUGAAUGGAAUUAAGUUGUUUUUGAAUUAACAUAUGAUACUGAUGAUAUGUUAUCAGCUAUGUUAUUUGUUGGUUCUUUUGAAUUUCUAUCUAUCUUUCUUUUAGCUUUAAUAGGUGGUUUAGUUUGGGAAGUGUUUUCAGUAGUUUCAAUGUAACUUAGAUAAGCAGAGGAGUAAAUUCCUUAAGAGAAUGAAAUAUCUUAAGAUUAAGAUAUAUAAGCAUUUUCAGGAACUCAAAUAGAUUCAAAAUAUACUCCUGAGACAGCAGCUAAUCAAUUAAGAAAGAAGACUCUUAUAUUAAAUGAUGAUAAUCCAGAUGUAAUUAAAUUUUAGAGGAAAUUAAGAUCAGAUAAAAAGAGUAAAUCACUUACUAAAGUAUAUAAUCCAUAAAGGAGUAUUUCUGAACAUUUAAUAAAAGAUGAGAAACCUGAUUUAGCAUUUAGUUAGCCAGGAUCAAGAAAUCAUCUUUUACCAAAUUAUAAUUCAAAUCGUAAACCAGUUGGACUCUAUAAUACAUAAUUUGAUAAUAAAAUAGGAACAAAUAUUGUAGAACAUUAUGAAUAACAUUUCAUUGAUUAUUAAUAAUGGGUAAUAAAAUAAUAAGGAGAUGGUUUAGAUAUGAAUUAAGUUGCUAAUGAUUAUAUGAUUCAUUUACGUAAUGAAAUUAAAAAAGAUGAGAUCUUUUAAAAAAAGAAUGUUAAUAUAUCUAAUCAUCAUUUACUUAUUUAGAGUGCAGUAUUGAGAGAUGCUUCUGAAGUUUAUAUUAAAUAAUAAGAAGAUAGAUUUUUUAAAAUGUCAUUUGGAAAGAAAUUUGAGAGAAUCAGAGAAUUAAAAUUUUAGAAUAAAUUUAAAGUUGAGAGUAAAAUUAUAUUUUCAUUAAUGGGUAUAUUAAAAUUCCCUAAACCUAAUGUAAAAUACUAUUUUUAAAUUUUAUACUUAAUAGAAAAUUAUUUUACUUAUUAAUUACUUUCUGAUUCAUCUUUUUUUAAAAUGAUUCAUCAAAUUAAUAAUAAAUGGUAUGUUAUAGGUAUUGAAGAUGGAUAAAUAAGUUUCUAAAAAUUAGAUGCAGGUCCUUGGGAUUAUUCAGAAGAAUUAUUUUUAUUAACAAAUAUGAGAAUAUGUUAGAAUCUAAGAUCUUUGUAUGAUACAGGAAAUUAAGAAUGUCUUUAAAAUGUAAAUAAAUUUUCUGAAAGUGUAAAAUUAUUAGCCAAACAUUUUGAUAUAAAUUUAGGAUCUAUUGAUACAAAUAGUAGUUGUCUUAUGUAUUAAAUAAAAAAUGAUAAGUUUAUCCCUAGUAAUAUUGAUACUCAUUCAUGGAAAAUGAAAAAAUGUAUCAUUUUAUUAUUAUUUAAUUAUAGCAAAUGUAACAAUAGAUGAUCAAUCUCCUAAUCAUAAUUAAAUUGUAUACUUAGAAUCAUAAAAUUUAAUUAAUGGUUAAGGUUUCAAUAAGAAAGAUUAAUCUAUAAGUUUAGAUGAAUAUAAGUAUGUCAGUAAAACUAUAAUGUUUGUUUUGACUUAAACUUAAGCUAAAGAUAAACGAAUUAUUUAUUAAAAUCUUAUAAUGUUAGCAUAAUUUCUAUAAGAUUUGGUUGGAGUCAUUCAUAAUUAUGAAUCUAAUUUUUUCAAAUAAAUUGAUAAUCUCUUUGAACUCAGAAAUUAAUAAAAAGUAAAGAGUGUACCUAAAUUGUGA